AUGUGGAGCUCCAAUUCUUCUACGGUCGUUCUUCCAGAUGACUAUCCUGGCUUCCCUCCACAUCAUUUCUGCAUGCCACCACGAUAUGAAGAAUACCUGGAUCACGUGCUUAUCCCCAACGGAAUGCUUAAAGACAGGAUGGAGAAAAUGGCUUCAGAUAUAAUCGCUAGUUUGGAAAAGGAUGGUGCGUCGUCAGUCACUCUACUCUGUGUAUUGAAAGGGGGAUUUAAAUUUUUUGCUGAUCUCAUCGACGAACUGGAAUCAAACAUCCGAGCACGCGGGAUAACACUUCCAUUUUCCAUGGAUUUUGUCCGAGUCCAAAGCUAUGUGAACGACGCUUCGGUUACUGAGCCAGUUAUCACCGCAUUGGACAAACCCAGUCUAUGUCGGGAUAAGGACAUAUUAGUGGUGGAGGACAUCAUUGACACUGGCAAGACAAUGCGUUAUCUGUUGCAGUAUCUGUGCACACUUCGCCCACGCAGCAUCCGUGUAGCUAGCCUUCUUCUGAAGCGCACCCCAUUAAAUUGUGGAUACAAGCCGGAUUUUGCUGGGUUCGAGAUUCCAGACCGCUUUGUGGUCGGCUACGCCUUCGAUUACAAUGACAACUUCCGAGAUAUGCAUCAUGUCUGCGUUAUAAACGAAAAGGGUAAGAAGAAAUUCGCUGCCCCAUUAGACCAUUCUCCCGGUUGACCGCGUGUAUCCCGCGACACGUUUUAUCCCGUCUCAUUUCUUGCUUCUACGCCGCUGGAUCUCAAGCCCCCUACUAUUUAUGCUGCUUUUGAAUCUGCAUGUCGCCAUUUCUUGCCCAAAUUUUGCCUCACU